UUCUUUCCGUUCCUCUCCGCACCUGACUGUGUAGCUUUGCGGUGCAACUCUUCUCUCACUCUCAGCAGAGCCAAUAAGCAAAUUGAAAGUAGCUGUGAAAUUGACAUGCGCUCAUUGGGUGUUUAUUUCCGGUACUGGACACGCAAAGAGAAAUAUACCCUCCCUGGACACUGCAUCGACUCGCUUCCAGGACACGCGGUUUCUCAACGGAAGCUGACAAGGGUUAUUCUACCGCCACAGACCGAGAAAGUACAACUCAUGUAUAUAGAAACGGGGAGGGUACGGCGAAAGACACCUCAGUGUGCCUGUGUGUUUUGCGGUGAUGUCUAUUCUACUCAGGAGGCGGGUCAAGUGUAGUAGUCACUGACGCGGCUCUGACUGAGAGACGCUGUUCACAUAACUCAUCGUAGGAUUAGUGUUGAUUAACCUGAUUAGGGAUAAUCUGUACAUAAUGACUAACCCAUGCAGGAUGGAUUUGGAAUGUCUUGCCCUUGCGCUCUUUCUUAUUUGGUUUACCUCGUCAGACGGACAGAAGAUCACGCCGAGUUUUGACGUCCCCUUCAUGAACGUCACCGUGAGAGAAGGAAUGACUGCAAUUUUACCAUGCUCUGUUAAAAAUCUCGGCAAACACCAGGUAAUAUGGACCGACCAGUGGUCAACACUACUGACCUUUGAGGACCGUCGCAUCAUUGACGAUGAGCGCCUGAGCGUGGAACGUCCGUACACAAGAGAUUGGAAUCUUCAUAUCCGGGCCGCCAAACAUAGCGACCAGGGAGGGUACAACUGCCAGAUCAACACGACGCCAGUCAAAAUCAAAACAGUUCAUCUGAGAGUUCAAGUACCUGCCAAAAUCAACCAUGAGAUAUCAUCAGAGGAUAUCACUGUGCGUGAAGGAGAUACGGUGACCUUGAUAUGUAAUGUGUCAGGCAUCCCAACGCCAACAAUCACGUGGUAUAGGCACAGGAUUACCGACGAUGACGUCGAGAAAGAAAGGAUAGGAAUGAGCGGAGAGGUCCUCCUCAUCCACAACGUCACCCGCUACUGUGGCGACACUUAUGAGUGCGUCGCCUUCAACGGUGUUCCUCCAGCCGCGAACAGACUUAUCAAAGUCACCGUAGACUUUCCUCCUGAAGUUCGGCUUCCGAACAAGAGGAUCGGCCAGGUGAUGGGAAAGGAGACCAUUUUGGAAUGUGUUAUCACAGCAAACCCCUUGGAGAUAAGCUAUUGGACGUGGCAGGGGAACGAGAUCCAGAACAGUGCCAAACACCGGAUAGAACUUUACAAUGAUGCCGAUAAUACCAUCACUCUGAGCCUAAGGAUACGAGUGCUUGAUGAUGAGGAUUUCGGGGAAUAUACGUGUGCAGCUUCCAAUAUUCUUGGCAGUGACUCUGAGAGUAUGGUUCUGUACGACUAUACAGCUUAUCGACGACUGAUGAUGACGACAUCAACAACCACAACUACCACGACGGCACCAACUACAACCGAUCCACGUCUACGUUGGCAAGUUGAGGAUCAACGCUACCCUCCAAUUGUGGGUCGGAACGACCCCAACACUGACUAUGACGUCGUUCGACGAGUGUCUACCAUGAUUAACCCGAGGAACCAAAUUUAUUCAAGUGCUAAAGGACGACCAUUGAGUUCCACUGGAUCCAACGGACUUUACGCGUGUCAUAUAUACAGUGUUCUAACACUUGUGUUCAUAUAUCGCAUUGUUUUGUGAUUGCAACCCCUACGGUGUGUGAGGUCGACUCUUCCAUCUUCAAAGCAAAAUAGCGAGACAUCACUUCUGAGGACAUGGGGUAUGAUAUUUCACCAAAGAUUACAACCAAAGACACUGGUUUGGGGUUUGUCAGUUUGAAAUCAUUUGAUGACAAACAAGCGUUAGAUGUGACUCAAAUUACCUCUUUGUGUUUUAACGGACCAUGGACAAACUGGGCUAAACAUUCCAGGCAACAAGUGAAUUUUUAGGCGACCAUUGAAGAGUUGUACCAGUGGAAAAUAGUGCAGGAAUGUAGGCGGUUGUUUCUAAGGAUACCGGAACAGAAUACCUGUGAACCUUAUGCGCAAUUCUUCAGUAGAGGAUUUACGUAAAUGCUAGUUCCACUGUCAACAGUUCAAGCAGACAUGGACACAUUGGUGUAUGUGAAUCCCCAGUCAAGAGCAAAUGAAAAUGGUUUGCAGCGCUGUUGAUGCUGCUGAGACCUAAAUGGCUGGUGGCGUGUUGAAUUUCAUGACCAUUUUGCUACGGUGAACAUAAUCUGUGUCUAUGGAUUCAUUAGUAAAGGUAGAAUUUAAUGGCUUAGGAUACAUCUUUUCAUCUGGAUCAUCUAAAUUGCAGAGUUGGAUUUCUGCUUUUUGUGUCCAGGACAUGUUUCUACUCUGUACAUUAACCGCACAUCAAAGCACGGGAUCUUCACUCGCUGAUGACUUUCAGAGAAAAGCUUUGUACACUCCCAGUCUGAUUGUUAUUAACCACGGGCCAAGGUCAAACAAAAAGACCAUCAGGACUAUACGUCUACUCAUUGGGAGUAGUUAUGGUUCCGGCGAUUUAAUGAGAUUAUCCACAUUGGAUGGACUAUGGUGAUAGCCGUAGGGAGACUCUACAAUGUGUUGUUUUGAGCGAUGGAGUCAUGGCUUCUUAUUUAAACUCUUAUGGCAUUAUACUUGAAAGCGAUUUGACAGUAAUGUCUCCUGAUAGCCCAGUCAGGUUUUUUUUAUCAAAAAGUGAAACAUGACUUUGAGAUUGGUGACAUGAGUGUUUUACAGAAAAAAAACAUACGAUCACACCAUUUUAUGCACAUAUUUUAAUUCAUUUUUCAUUUCAAAUGUUUCCUUUUGAGCCUUCGAUUUUUUACCACUAGCGCUAACUGUGAGGUAGUGGUAAUGGCUAAUUAAACCCAUACCUAAAGCAAUAUACUAGAUUAAUGCUAAUUUCCUCAGUCACUACACCACCCUACCCCUUGAGACCAGUCAAUCAAUCCUCCCAUCCAGAAGUUAGCAUUACACAUGCAUUGUCCCGUACUUAGUUCCCUUAUACAUGUGAAAGAACUGAUUAAAGCUGCUACUUGGCUCUCAUUAAGGACUUCCUAAAAAGGCCAUUGAAACACGUGAUGUUGCGUGUGCUGUUGUAUCCGCAGAGGCAAUGUGAGCAGAGAUCUAAUACCUCGGGAGAGAGUCUUGUCACUUUUAGAGAGAGAGGCAGAAAAACUAACUGGCUGUUCAAUAAUUCUGUAACGAUGACCCAGCUGGGAAUCGACACUGGAGGCAGCGUGGUCUGUGUCUGUGGAAGCAUUAUACUGUCCUUUCCUGGAGAUCUGCAUAGGCUUCUCAGAUACGAGGCUUUGUUGUCAGGUCUUGGGCAGAAUGAGAUACGUAGGAGUUCUGUGCAGGGAGCUUGAUGGAAGCACCGUUUCCCUCCGCCCUUUCAUAAUAUUGAAAGAAGCAGCUAGUUGAAUUGCAAAAAGUCUCCCAUUUGGUGAAGGUACUUCAAUCAGUGAUAUACAGUCUCGAGGUAUUGAACUAAUGUUAUUGAGCCGCAUCUCACAACCAAGCCUAAUGACCUACGCUCUACUUUGGUGUUCUAGAUUGUGAAAUGUAUAUCCCUACAGAAGACGGUUUUCGUGAAGAAAUAUGUUAAAUGACCAUAUAACAAAAGCAAAUGAACUUGUACUGAGCGCUUUGGAUUUAUGUCUGUUUGUUUAUCGUGAACAGAGAUUUUUUAUAAACCAUUUUUUAAAUAAUGCAAUGAUAAUCAACAGACCUAAACUGCUUGUCCACUGUCUUAUUUGUACAACAGAUGAGUUGUUUCAUUACUGAAUAUACACGAUUCUAUAUAUAUAUAUAUAUACCUAUACGAAGUUAAUGUUUUUAAUAGUUGUAUCCGAAACAAAAUAUAAUCAUAUUAUGCAAAAUAUCUUUGAGCAGAUUAUUGUCACUAUUAUAAAUCCUUAUUCAUUAUAGCUGGAGUUUGAAUUUAUACGCUAAGUUUCAACCUCAGAUACUCAGAAACAUAUGUUUGAAACACGAUUUCAAAUUUUUGGGAUACUUAAUGGCUAAUAUCCCACGCACCGUAAAGAAUAAAUAACCAAUAGCUAAUUAUUGAUUAGACAGUUCCUUUGUGAUAUAUUAGAAAAACAAAUCCAUAUAGCCACGAUCACACACAAGACACUACAUACGGUAUUCAAACUGAACGAAAGGGUGCCAUCACACGUGACACAUUUAAACGAGCUCUCAUAAAGGAUCCCUUACAUUCUCUUGGCCUCUAUCACUUUUAUAUCUUUAAAAGUUUCUAGAAGCUCUCUUUCAACGAACGAGGUUUUUAGCUGGAAUAGUCGCUUUUUUGUUAAUGGCAUUACCUUAGAUGUUCUAUAUAUAGAGAUUUAACCUUACUUUAUUAUUCUCUGGUGCAAGUAGGUCUUUGUUAAAAUGCCUUGAAUCUGUGUGUUGAUGAGGCCUCUCAAAGUCAAAAGGUGUUCUUAUUAAGCAAGCACAUGUUCAUUUAGGUUUUCAGUUAAGAGGACAAGCUUCUGACACAGUCUCUAAUUUUAGACAUAAGACAAUUAACCAUCUUUGGCAGUGUCAAGGAUAAAGUCAAAUGUAUGACAGCACUAGAAUAGAAACAUUGUUGUGUAAUGUUUAUUACGUAUGUGAAACUAUAUAUUUGCAACAUUAGGGAGGAAAACGCUGACGUGUACUGUGAUAAAAUUGAAUUAACCGACAUUAAUUCCAAAUUGUUUGAGGGGCGGUGGAAUAGCUUAGUGGUUAAAUGUUCUCACGUCAAACUUACGGCUCGGGUUUGAUUCUUCACAUGGGUAAAAUGAAAUGCAAUACUGCAAUACACAUUAUUGCAUUCGCUAAUGUUAUGGCUAAUUAUAUAUAGAUGUCAAUGUGGUAAAGAUAGCCAAAGAAAGGGAAGUAACUCUGUCCAUUUUUCUGCUUUUUUCGUCUUUUAAGCACCUAACGUUAACCUUUGCACAUCGAACAUAACAUAUUAGAGAUGAAAUUGUGAACGAUAUGUACAUAUAGCCUAACAAAAUAUGACUUGUUAGUUGUAUUCUCAAUUAAAAGUAGAUUUUUUCACUUUAUAUGUUUACUUUUUAAUAUUUGUAUUAUCGAGUACACAUCUCGAUUAUCGAGCACACAUCUCGAUUACGAUAUUUACAGGUCCAAUUUUUUUCAUAGUAACCACUGACGGUGUUUGUAAAAUCCUGUUUAAUCAAACUAUACAUAUACAAGAUUAUAUAACGGUUAUAACGAACACGCUUAUAACGAACUAACGGGUAUAACGAACUAACUUGUUAGUCCCGACUAUAUGCUGUAGUUAUGCUGUAUAUAUGCUUAUAACGAAUUACGGUUAUAACGAACUAAAAUUAGUAGUCCCUUUAAGUUCGUUAUAACCGUAGUUUACUGUACUUCCAAAAUAUCAGGAUCGGCUGAAAUAGCAUUUUGAAAUAGGUAUAUUCAAACAUGAACUACUUUCCUCAAGAAUAACGUAAUACAAUGUUUCUUGCUUGACCAGUUACUAUGUUUACGUUUUUUACGUUGCUUGUUUAUUGACUGAAUAUUCUCGGGCGUUGACGUUUUAAAUUGUACACUCGGAAUCUUCACAGAACCUUUCAAACUAAUGGUACCCAACUUAGACGAUGCAAUACAAGAUUAACAACGAAUAACUGUGUAAAUAUAAAUUGUUAAUAUACAUCGUAUUUAUAUUUGUUUUUUUUCUUAUUUAAGACUUUGAUUGAUGGAAUACAAUAUCACCAACUCAUUUCGAGAUGAUAAAUUAAGUUGUUAGUGCAUGGUUUCCACAAAAACAAACAUUAUUGACGUGAAGGAAAAUUGCCGUUUGAAACAAGUCAGGAUAAAUGAACAUCUCCUGUGGAUAGCGUCGAGCAAAAAUAGCGUUGGACAGGAACAGUCUAAAUGAGUCAUCAUUCAAAUAUCCAUCUUAGUUUUACAGGGAAAACCAGUUCUUUUGCAAUUUGUUUCAGAUUAAGCCAUAUAAUGACCUUGGAGAGUGAUCAUGCUUAGACACUCCGAAGUGAUUCACAUACUUCCUCCCAAAACAUUGUAAGAUCUAAUCUAUAUUUCCCACAAUAAUGAAUUUCCGCGGUGACAUAACUAGGUUUAGCAGGAACGGCUAUUUUUGGGACCUGGUAAUACUGAUCGAAAUCAUCGCUUCCAGUCCAUCUGAGGUAUAUCGGGAAAUAAAAUCCAAAUUCUAUACCAACUGGGGAAAAAUAAACAUUCAUUUGGUAUCGUGUGGAGUAAGCUAUGAAAAGUAGUGGUGGCCUCACGUUUUGCUAUUAUAAGCAAUACAUCUACUUUGUUUAAAUAAAUCUUGAAAAAGUUUGAACACUUCUUAAAUGUAAUUACUAAUAGUGACUAUGAACCAGCUAUUUGUAAAUAAAGGAUUAUGAAUAGAACAGAAGGCAUUAAAAAUAUCAAAUCAGUCAAAAAUGCACUAUUACGCUUUUUCCCAAUAAUUAUUAUGUUUUUAUUCCAAAUGGUUAAACUGUUAUUUUUCAACAAAAGCAUGUCAUGCACGUAUAAUAUGCUAUCGCGCAAAGACAUGUAUAUUAAUAGUGUAUGCAUUGUGAUAGAAUUAACAUCAGUUUACUCGUUACAUUUUAAUUGUUUGCUCAUAUAACGUCAUUUUACUAUAACAAAUUCCAUGUACACCUAUAUAUAUGCACAAAAUAAGCAUGAUCUCACUUCUUCUCCUACCUACAUGUAUACGGGCACAGAAGAAUGCCUUUCAGAGAGGCACUGGACUACAGAUCUCCAUGCAAUCCUUCUUCAGCUGAAUGGGGUCCUGGCUGUUAUACCUCUAAGUACUGCCGCUUCUCGUUGCUGUCUAUAUAUCCCUACCUGUGGUACACACAUUUCUGCAUGGUUGUGGUGAUAGUAUUUCAUAUAAUCAAAUAUACAUCACUCAUACAUGUCCGUGAAAUCAUGUACAUAGUGUCAUAUAGCUGAAUCGAUGUACUGUAUGCCAAAGCAAGAUUCAAAGAAGUGUCUUUGUGAUUCUUGAACACAUUCGAAUUUAACUUUUCUCAUUAGUCUUACUUGUAUGUAUUGACGAAUCGUAUGAAUCAUCAUGUUCUUGAUCCUUGUCCUAAAACUUAUCAUUUUAAAUUAUGGAUGCAUAACAAUAUCAGUAUAGGCUUUCUGAAAAAUAUGUAUGUAAGAGUUGUCUACCCUUCAUGAUGAAAUGAUCUCUUUGCUUUGUGUAUUGAUGUUAAAACUGCUAACUCUUACAUAAACACCCUGUUGUACCAUCUGUGAAUAAUAGAUAGCUGUGUUUUAUGACAAAUUAAUGGAUUCAGUACCAACCGUUACUAUUAACUAGAUAGUGUUGAGCGACUCAGACUGUGUAAAGAAUACAUAUAGACACAUACUAGGUGUGUCCUUCAGUUGUAAGUUAUGUAAAUGCUAGUGCCACUUUAUAAUCUUCUCACAGAGCUAAAGUGUUAUUGUAGACAAACAUUGUGCAAUGUAUAUUACUGACUUAUGCUCAGCCAUUCUUGUUUUGGGAAUAAAACAUAUUUUUUCUAU